GUUGAGCUGUUCGAGGAGAGGGAAGUUUACCAUUUAUAUUGCGUCGUGUGUUUGACUGCUGUGAAAGUGUGUUGAAAACUUAGAAAAGUGCAGAUUCAAGUCUUAAUUGCAUCUCUCAUUUGCCUGUUUUCGUCUGGCCUUGGUUCCUUCACGAUGGAGCAACAGAGCCCAACCUCCAAAAAGAGACCUUUGAAACAUUUUGACCAUUCCAUUGUCCAAUUUAAUGAUGUUGUGAUACCUCACAGGCUAGAUAUGAUGAAAAAACAUAGGUGCAACAUUGAAAAGGCAAUUUUGUCUCAUGAUUAUCAGUCUGCAAUACGGGAGCAGGCAGCGGCCAAAAUGUUGGUUCAAAACCUCAAAAGGGAUUUAAGUGAAAUCGAGUCGCUCCGUAACCAGGUUGAUGUUCAUGAUUUGCUACAGUUCGAUAAGGCAAUAGAAAGCUCUCGGAAAAUUGCUUUGGCAGCACUAGAGGAGUAUAUUGAUCUUGGAAAUAAAUUGUCUCCUUCAAAGAAAUUAAAGACAUGUACCUCUGAUAAUGAGAAUGUAGCUGAAUUUGAUUUUGGAACAGCUCCUAGACUCCAACUUAUGGCUGAUAAGCAAUCUAUUUUAGACAAAGAUGAGGAGGAGUAUGUACGCUCAUGGGAAUUGCUUCAAAACGAUAUUGAGUGUUUGCACACUAUUUAUGCAGAUCUUCACGAAUUGACCAUGGCACAAGGUGAACUGGUAGAUAAUAUAGAAGAUAAUGUGGCCCAUGCCACAGAGUCAGUUCAUCAGGGAAACCUAAAUUUGAAGAGGGCCCUCAUGUAUAAGGGUGCUGCUUACCCAUUGAUUGGCGCUGCCAUAGGAACACUGGCUGGUGGUCCUGUAGGUUUCUUUAUUGGCUUGAAAGCAGGAGGAUGUGCAGCUGUUGGAGGGGGUUUACUUGGGUUUGUUGGAGGGAAGUUCCUGAAAAAGACUCACAAACCGGUAGAUGAAGAAACGCGCCAAAAAGGGGAGGACACAUCAUCAUUGAAGCCUCACCAAAGCUAACUUGCUUGUCACUUUGUGAUUUGACUUUUCAAAUCAACUGGGCAACAAAAAGGUUUGACCGCAAGUUUUAGGAAUUGUUGUGACAUGUCUAACACAUUAAAUUACUUAAUCGAAGGUUUAAGCAAACCCUAUUCAUUGGGUUGAAAACUUGUGAACGUGCUUUAAAUGUAGAGAGGGACCAGACACCAUCAUUUGAGCAAGUCCCUGCUUAACUGUGAUCUGUUUUUUUGUUUUUUAGGAAUGUUUGUUUUUAAAUUUACUUUUUCUUGGGUAGAUGUUCUUCUACCUCAAAGUUAUUGUAGAUUUUUCUUUGAAUCAUACCCUAAGUGUGAUUGAACCUGAUGGGCCAUCUAAGAAUAAUGUAAAAUCUUUCUUUUAUAUAAAGAGGACAUAUCAAAGAAAUACUGGGUGCUCUUUUCUUACCUACCUUUUAAGGAUAUUUUUUGUGAUUCCUGAUUUCAUUGCCUGAUGAUAGGUAUUAUAAUUUUCAACAUGGUUCAGGGAGGGGGAGACGAUUCACAAAAUGAUAUACUGUAACUUGGCUUCUAUUUUUGUAAGCAGUCUCUUUUACUGGUAACAUUAGCAACCUACAGAAUCACACUGGUUCAUGAAUUUUACUCUUAUCAUAUAACUACAAUAAAUUUGGAAUGCUAUCCAAUUACAACAAUGA